AUGUUCAUCUACAAAAGUGCCCAGGUUGUUGGGAAAAGCACUGCAGAGGGACCGAUGCAGGAGACAAUAUACGACUUUUGGAGAAUGGUAUGGCAUGAAAACACAGCCAGCAUAAUCAUGGUUACUAAUCUCGUAGAAGUGGGAAGGGUCAAAUGCUGCAAAUACUGGCCAGAUGACACAGAGAUAUAUAAAGACAUUAAAGUUACUCUAAUAGAAACAGAGCUCCUGGCUGAAUAUGUGAUUCGAACAUUUGCAGUAGAAAAGAGAGCUGCUCAUGAGAUUCGAGAAAUUCGGCAGUUUCACUUCACUGGCUGGCCAGACCACGGUGUCCCGUACCAUGCGACAGGCCUGCUGGGGUUUGUACGGCAGGUCAAAUCCAAGAGCCCACCAAACGCUGGCCCUCUGGUUGUUCACUGCAGUGCUGGUGCUGGCAGAACUGGAUGCUUCAUUGUUAUUGACAUCAUGCUAGAUAUGGCAGAAAGAGAAGGUGUUGUAGACAUAUACAAUUGCGUGAGAGAGCUUCGUUCUCGGAGAGUUAACAUGGUGCAGACCGAGGAACAGUAUGUAUUCAUCCAUGAUGCUAUUCUGGAAGCCUGUCUUUGUGGGGACACAUCUAUUCCAGCUUCUCAAGUUAGGUCUGUUUACUAUGAAAUGAAUAAACUGGAUCCUCAAACUAAUUCCAGCCAGAUCAAAGAGGAAUUUAGGACUUUAAAUAUGGUGACUCCGACACUGCGUGUAGAAGACUGCAGCAUAGCACUUUUACCACGAAAUCAUGAAAAGAAUCGCUGUAUGGAUGUUCUGCCUCCAGACAGAUGCCUGCCUUUCCUCAUAACGAUAGAUGGGGAGAGCAGUAACUACAUUAAUGCUGCACUGAUGGAUAGCUACAAGCAACCAUCAGCUUUUAUAGUUACGCAGCAUCCCUUGCCAAAUACUGUCAAAGAUUUCUGGAGAUUGGUCCUAGAUUAUCACUGCACUUCAAUAGUUAUGCUGAACGACGUGGAUCCAGCACAACUGUGUCCUCAGUACUGGCCAGAAAAUGGAGUACACCGACACGGCCCCAUUCAGGUGGAGUUUGUAUCAGCUGAUUUAGAAGAAGACAUAAUCAGCCGGAUAUUCCGAAUUUAUAAUGCAGCCAGACCCCAAGAUGGCUACCGGAUGGUGCAGCAGUUCCAGUUCCUGGGAUGGCCCAUGUACAGAGACACUCCAGUUUCUAAACGCUCCUUCUUGAAGCUGAUCCGCCAAGUGGAGAAGUGGCAGGAAGAGUAUAACGGGGGAGAGGGACGCACAGUUGUGCAUUGCUUGAAUGGAGGUGGCCGCAGUGGGACGUUUUGUGCAAUCAGUAUUGUUUGUGAAAUGCUUCGACAUCAGAGGGCUGUUGACGUAUUCCAUGCUGUGAAGACACUGAGGAAUAAUAAGCCUAACAUGGUGGACCUUCUGGAUCAAUACAAAUUCUGCUAUGAAGUAGCUUUGGAAUACUUGAAUUCUGGCUGAUUGCAUAAACAGCACAAAGUUCCUCCUUUCAGCACCACAAACAAAGCAAGUCACUUCAUGAUAUCUGUGUAAGCGAGAUGAAGACUUCUCAGUGUUAUGCUUCUACUGCUUUGUAUAAUUGGCUCUUUGUAAGAGCCCGAUAAGAUGUUUAUAAAACUGCUUGCACUGCCCGUUUUCCACUAUAAUGCCGCUGCUUGACACCCAUAUGAACAUACACCAAACCACGUGGCAGUUGUUGAACACUGUAUUCAUAUGUAGCCAUCGAUGUGGUGAAGCAGCAUAGUCCUCUGGUAAAUAAAAGAGAGCACAACUAUAUUCUUAUGAAGGAAUUUGUACUUUUCUGUUAUAUUUCGUUGCCUGUGAUUCUCAAUUUUUGUCACAGCCUAGUGUACAUUUCUGUUCUGUGGAGAAUGCUGUCUGGCAUUUUGAUAAUAUAUGAUUUUAGUUAUAUUUGUAUUCUAACACGUGCAUAAUAAAUGAGUCCUAUGUAGCUUAUCUGAACUAAUGGAAAGACAUACCAAAUCAUGUUAACUUUGUUGAGUUGUAAUUUCUAUCCACUUUGUACCAUUUCAGAGACAGAAUCUUGACAGAAGUAAAGUUAGAAAAGGUAAAAUACAGGAUACUCAGAUUAAUAUAUCCAAAGCUUUUUCAUUUGUUUAUAUUGUAAAUACUUUUUUGAUUUCAUCAAAUUAUUUAUUCAUUAAAAUGAAUUUUUUUGUGAAGCACAGUGAGUGACAAUCAUUUUUUUUAAGCCCUGGAAAUGCUUACUGUAUGAUAGUGUAAACAUUUGUUUACCUUGUAUGGAUUCACAGCUCAAUAAAUAAUUACAUACAUGAUAAAA